CCGUGUCGUACUUAACCAUUUAAAUCCAAGGCCAGCUAUGGUGAUAAAUACCUUCUGCACUCUGACACAUUUGCUACAUGCCUUUCGUAAUAGUUAAUGGGCACACAAAAAUUUCCAAGUAAAGAAUAAAAGGUGCCUCAAACUAUGGGAAUUUGCCUGUGCCUUCAGAGGAGACCGAAACAAAUUCAAAGCGAUAAUGGAUCGCAUUAUUACCUAGGUUCGAACCCACCGGCUGCAAACAAUCUGACGAAAUAUAUCUGUCACCAAACUCCUGAAGUUACAAACAAUGGAACUACUGCUGACAUUACUCCGACAAACAUGAACCAGGUGACACUGUACAACUUCGGUCAUAAAAAUUCUCUCGCCCUUUCGAGGAAUGUUGUGACUGAUAUGCAUAUGGCCUGUGUAGCUGCUCAAAAUAAUGCAAUUACACCAGCAAUUUCCACCGUUUCUCCAGUUGGACCUGGAGUUCAGCCUAGACCUUUGGUACAAGUUCGCGCUCUCUAUUCUUAUCAGGGACACAAUCAAGAUGACCUCCCGUUUCAGAAAGGAGAUAUAAUGUUUGUAGUAUCUGGUAUGUCUGAUGCGUGGUGGUUUGCGAGGCAUGCGGAUACUGGAAUGAGUGGUUAUAUUCCUAGUAACUACGUCUGUUUGGAUGACGGACUUCCAACUAGCCUGGAUGCUUGGUAUGACAUAGGUCGUCGUGAAGCUGACCGAAAACUGUUAUUGGUAGGCAACCCGAAAGGAACCUACCUCAUUCGACCUAGCUCGGAAACUCAAAAUUAUGCACUUUCUGUUCGACAUUAUGACUCAGAAAAAAAUAUGUGGGUUGUAAAGCACUAUCGCAUUCGGAUACUUGAUAACAAUGGUGGCUUCUUUAUUAGUAUUCGCACAACUUUCCCGAAUAUUCAAGACCUCAUAAAUUAUUAUACAGUGCACCCAGAUGGUUUAUGCUGUCGGUUGUCUAUUCCAUGCCCACGUGCGUAUCGUCCGCCAGUGCAAUUUCGUGAUUUUGAAAUUAAUCGUGAUAGCAUAACAAGAAUUCGAAAAUUGGGUCAAGGUACAUUUGGAGAAGUAUAUUUAGCUAAAUGGAAUGGUUCAGUUGAAGUUGCAGUUAAAAUGCGGCUGGAUCCUACAGAUCGUAGUCGAUUUAUUGAAGAGGCACGCCUUAUGCAUGCUUUUCAUCAUCCACGUAUUGUUCAACUUUUGGGCGUAUGUACUGAACCAGAAGAUCAACCAGUUUAUAUUAUUACUGAAUUAAUGCGUAAAGGAGCUUUAUAUGAUUUUUUGCGAACAGAAGAAGGGCAUAAAUUAACUUUGGAUGAUUUGAUUGACAUAAUGGCACAGAUUGCUAGUGGUAUGUCGUAUUUGGAAGAAAUGAAUUCUGUUCACCGAGAUUUACGUGCAGCUAAUAUAUUAGUGGACCAAGACUAUUCAGUUAAGGUGUCAGAUUUCGGAUUGGCUAAAAUUAUUAGCGAUGAUUCUCAUGCUGAUCCAAAUACUAAAUUUCCCAUUAAAUGGACUGCUCCAGAAGCGGCUUUACAGCAUAUCUUUAGCAUUAAAUCUGAUGUAUGGUCGUUUGGCAUAUUGAUGUAUGAAAUUGUCACUUAUGGUGGAACACCUUAUCCAGGAAUGACUACUCGUCAAACAGUGACUGAAGUUGAGAAAGGCUAUCGAUUGCCCUGUCCACAUACUGCUGAACAUCCUUGUCCUGAUGACUUGUACAAUCUUAUGAGAAAAUGUUGGGAUGCUAGACCAGAGAAUCGUCCUACAUUUCGUUCUUUGUAUGAUGUUUUCGAGAAUUGGUCAACACACACUGAGGCUCAGUAUCUUGAUAAUUAGGAUGUAAUACUUUUCUUUUCCCUCAGUGAUCAUUCAUUCAUUUGUAUAAUCAUUCCGAAUUCAUAUAAAUAUUUCACAAUGUGUACAUUUCCGGUGAAGUAUUAUUCUGUUCUGUGUAUUCUCGGUUUUUUCUUUAUGUAAAUAUUGAAUAUUCACUUUUUUUUUAUGACCAGAGUGUUUAAGGUGUGUGUAUUCUACACUUAUCUCCUUAUUCUUUUAUUAACUACCUCUCUUUGUCAUUGAUUUUUCUUGCCUUAACAUUUUCCAUCUUUUAUUUUCUGAUCUCAUGAAAAAAAAAGUAAUAGUGUAUCCUGUUAUACAUAUAUAUUUUUCGCGCCACCACAUUUACAUAUAUAUAUAUAUAUGUAUAAUUGUUAUUUGGGUUUUGUAAAUCAUGUAUAUCUGCAUUUUUGGUAUAAUUUCUUUCUUAUUCCUCUCUUUAUCUAUAUCGUUAUGUUAUUUUUUAUAGACCACCUUUAAAUAUUUAUACUACCAACUGUUUUUUGUUUAUGUAUGUAAUAAUAUGAAGCAUUAUAGUUGGCGAAUAAUUCUGGUAUAGAACAAUACUAAUUACUAUCACACUUUAUAAAUCCAGUGUACUACUUUAGCUCUUUUCUUUUUUUUGCUAAUGCCUAGUAUAUAUCCGAUGUAAUUUGAAAAAUAUCUUUAUUUUACAGCUGUAAACAUCUUAUUACAAGUAUAUAUAUAUAUAUAUAUAUAUAUAUAUAUAUAUAUAUACCUUUUUAACUUGUAAACAAACAAGUCAUAGUCAGUAUCACUCUACUUUCGCAGUAAUAUUUGUCAAUUCAGCGUGUUUCAGUCCACUUGCUGCAAGCAGAAAGCACACAUACUAUUUCUCUAUUUCUCUCUUUAUCAGUUAGUAAUCAAGUGAAUUAAAAUUCUCUAUACGUUUUAUUUCUCUCAGUAGUGUUUCUUUUUCACAAAAGGUUGUCUUCCUUACUGGUUAAAUUGGUUCUUAGAUAAGAUUUUUACUGUUCAUUAUGUGCUUAUGGUUAAAUCUAUUUCUUAACUCUGUUAUGUAAGUAUAAUACAAAUGAAUCCAACAUUUUUUCUAUGCAUAGAAUUUCCGCUUUUCUUCUUUUUUUUAUGCAUAAUGUUCUAAUCAUGCCACCGCUUCUUGCUUAUAUUUAUUGAUUAUUGUAUUUCGACUGCGUGUAUUACACCUGGUCUUUCUUUUUAUCCAACUAGAAUGCGAUCUUUGUGUAUAGGAAUUGCAUUAUCUGUUCACAACACAAUCAUAAAUAAAAUGAAAUCUAUUAAAUUAUGUUUAGGUUGGUUGUUAUUGUUUUUGGGAUUGAAUUAACCUGUAAGUUGUAUUGGUCAUAGACUGAUCUCAGUUGGCCUUCUAGCUGGAGAUCGAACCCAGGAUCUUAAGGUCUCACGACGAAUGCGCAGCCAUUAGAGUCGCCUAAUUGGCAUCCAGUGGUAUAAUCCCAACUUUAACCUGUCACGUUUACAUCCUAAACACUAUAUUAAUCUUCACAAAACCCUUUGACUGAACUAAAAUAGUUUGCUAAUGGA